AAGUGAUCUCUUUCUCGCUUUCCGCGCCACCCCUGCCUCCUGGUAGGCCCGGCGUGCUGCAGUGAGGGGGACUCUAAUGUGCAACGGACCCAAGCCGGAAGUCGCUUUCCUAGCGGAGACGCGGGUGGGGGAGGAGCAGUCCGAGGCUAACGUGAGUUGAACGUUGCAAGUAGGUGGUGUGUCUCUCAAGCUGGAACUGGGGUUCGGGUCGACCUAGUACGAAGAAGGGGAGUUCCUGCAGCAGGGUUCAUUGAAAAAUCCUUAGUGGUAUUGACAUGUUUCAAUUAGCCAAUGACUCGGAAUGAUGGAUUCUCCGAAGAUUGGAAAUGGUUUGCCAGUGAUUGGACCAGGGACUGAUAUAGGGAUAUCUUCACUCCACAUGGUGGGGUAUUUGGGAAAAACUUGUGAUUCAGCUAAAGUUACGGCAGAUGGGUAUUGCCCUGCUUGUAAAGAGAAGGGGAAGUUAAAAGUCUUAAAGACUUACCGAAUUAGUUUUCAAGAAUCUGUCUUUUUGUGUGAGGAUCUGCAGUGCAUCUAUCCUUUGUCCUCUAAAUCGCUAAAUAAACUAAUUUCUCCUGAUUCAGAAGAGUGUCAUACUCUAAGUAAGCCUCAAAAAAGAAAGAUCUUGGAAGCCAACUGUAAAGAUUCACUUUUAGUAAAUUCCAAAAAGACUAGAAAUCAUAUUGUUGCUGAUGAACAGACUUUGAACAGCAAACAUAAUGGAGAAGUAUAUGAUGAAACCUCAUCAAAUCCAAUUAAGACAGCUGAUUCCUUGGAACAGAAUGCGAUUUUGGAAGCUGAUAUUGUUGACUCAGCUACUGAAAAAGAUCUUACUACAGUUGAUGUCUCUGGAACUGUGGGGACUUCCCCUCAAAAUGAAGGAUGCUCUUCUGAACUGGAAAUGGCAUUGGAAAGCAAAUGUACAUCAUUUCACCAGGCUUUAUGUGUCCAAUGGAAAAAUGCUUAUGCUCUCUGUUGGUUAGACUGUAUCCUGUCAGCUUUGGUGCACUUGGAAGGGUUAAAGAACACUGUGACUCAACUGUGCUCUAAGGAGGACUCUGUAUUCUGGCAGCUGUUCGCAAAAUACAAUCAAGCAAAUAAGCUUCUAUACGCCAAUCAAUUGGAUGGAGUUAAAGAUGGAGAUUGUAAAAAACUUAAUUCAGAAAUAUAUGCGGAAAUAGAGACCUGUCUGAAUGAAGUCAGAGAUGAAAUUUUUAUUAGACUUCAGCCCCAGCUUAGAUGCACAUUAGGUGAUAUGGAAAGCCCUGUGUUUGCAUUUCCCUUGCUCUUAAAAAUAGAGCCCCACAUUGAAAAGCUCUUCCUGUAUUCUUUUUCUUGGGACUUUGAGUGUUCACAGUGUGGACACCACUAUCAAAACAGGUAUACGAAGAGUUUGGUCACCUUUACAAAUAUCAUCCCUGAAUGGCACCCACUUAAUGCUGCCCAUUUUGGUCCAUGUAACAGUUGCAACAGUAAAUCACAAAUAAGAAAAAUGGCAUUGGAAAAAGCUUCUCCCAUUUUCAUGUUGCACUUCGUACAAGGCUUACCACAGAAUGACUUGCAGCGGUAUGCGUUUCAUUUUGAAGGUUGCCUUUAUCAAGUAACUUCUGUAAUUCAGUAUCAAGCAAAUAAUCAUUUUAUAACAUGGAUUUUAGAUGCUGAUGGAAGUUGGUUGGAAUGUGAUGACUUAAAAGGCCUACAUUCUGAAAGGCAUGAGAACUUUGAAGUUCCUGCUUCAGAGAUACAUAUUGUUAUUUGGGAAAGAAAAACAGUUCAAGUGACAGAUAAAGAAGCUGCUUGCCUUCUGCUUAAAAAGCCCAAUGAUCAACAUGGUUUGAGUGAUGAGAAACCAGUGUCUUCAGGUUCCAGUGGUGAGAAAGCAGUGUCUUCAGGUUCCAGUGGUGAGAAAUCAGUGUCUUCAGAUCCCAGUGGUGAGAAACCAGUGUCUUCAGCUCCCAGUGGUGAGAAACCAGUGUCUUCGGCUCCCAGUGGUGAGAAAGCAGUGUCUUCAGGUUCCAGUGGUGAGAAAUCAGUGUCUUCGGCUCCCAGUGGUGAGAAACCAGUGUCUUCGGCUCCCAGUGGUAAGAAACCAGUGUCUUCGGCUCCCAGUGGUGAGAAACCAGUGUCUUCGGCUCCCAGUGGUGAGAAACCAGUGUCUUCNNNGUUUGUGGAUUUAAACUUUGCAUCUCAAGUUGCAAGUACAAGCAUGCAGCCAGUACAGCUGAAUACAGAAGAUGCAGUAAUUGCUAUGUCUGUGGAGAAUAUUCAUGCUGCUGGUCUCAUGCAGGGAAUGAAGUCAGUAGAAAUUGAGACAGAUGCUCAGUUAAAACAAUUCCUUACACCAAAAACUGAGAAAUUAAAACCAGAACAAGCUAUAUCUCAGGUAUCUAAUUUGAAGAAAAAAGAAACUGCAGCCGCUGCUCCAAAUGUAACAGCUGAGUCAUUACAGAGUCAGUCUGUGAAAGAAAAUCAAAAGAAACCAUUUGUGGGAAGUUGGGUUAAAGGCUUAUUAAGCAGGGGUGCUUCUUUUAUGCCACCUUGUGUUUCAGCUCAUAGUAGAAACAAUUUAAGUGAUUUGCAGCCUUCAGUUAAAGGGGCAAAUAAUUUUGGUGGCUUUAAAACUAAAGGAAUAAAGCAGAAGGCUAGCCGGGUAUCCAAGAAAUCUAGGGGUACAAGUAAGCCUCCUCCAGUGAGUAGGCCUCCACCAAGUCCUCCAUCGUCCAAUAGCACUGCUGCUCACCCAUGUACUAAUACCACUGCUCCUACUGAAGUUGUAAAGAGGGAUGAAAGUGCCUCAUCUGGAGCUAACCUCAACUACAAUUCUCAUGGAAAUGAAAAUUGUGUUUAUUCAGUAAACCACGGAGGCUCAGUUGAAGAUCAGAUUCGUAAACUUCGCUUAAAACUUCUUAAAAAGCUAAAAGCAAAAAAGAAGAAAUUAGCUGCUCUUACCUCUUCCUCCCAAAGUGGAAAACUUCCGAGUGAAAAUUUAGAAGUGCCCCAGGGUGGGUCUCCAAAUGAUUGUGAAUCUAUAGACGACUUGUUAAAUGAACUACAACAUCAAAUUGACAUUGCAGAUAAGAAGGCUGGUUGUACCACUGUUACUGGUGUUUCCCCGUACAGUAGUCAAAGUCAUGAAGAAAUUUUAGCAGAAUUAUUGUCUCCUACAACUGUUGUUUCAACAGAGCUAUCAGGGAAUGGGGAAGCUGACUUUAGGUAUUUGGAAAUGGGAGAUAACAGUAUAUCAGCUCCCGCACCUGGUGAAUCAAACAGUAUUUCCCAGAACACAUAUCUAGGACAGGAUCAAGUUUAUUGCAGCCCCACCAAGAAGAAUCCAUGUGAAGUUCAACUAGACUCCCUAACAAAUAAUACCUGUGGUAGAACAUUGAACUUGGAGAGUCCCAUGAAGAAUGAUAUUUUUGAUGAGUUUUUUUCCACCUCAUCAUUAAAUUCCUUAGCAAAUGAUGCAUUAGACUUACCUCAUUUUGAUGAAUAUCUGUUUGAGAAUUGUUAAAUGCUUGUUAACUCUUUAUUAUUACUCUAAAAACGGUUUUCAAGUUGUGUUUAUAUUCUUGUGUUUAUAGUGUUAAUAGCCAUGAGCAAAAUGUAAGCAAUUGAAGGUUUUACCUUUAGUUCUGCCCUUGAAGCAUGUGAUCUGUUUCACAAAUUAAAAUUAUCAGGAAUGUGUUCCCUCAUGGGUUUCAUUUUGUACUUGUAAGAGAAU